UGGAUAAUAACUCACAUUUCUUGGUAAGAUCGUAGUCAAAUUUACUUUGCAUCUUGUUAUAAGAACUGUUUGAAAAUCAUCAGUGCUUUUGAUUUCGUUAUCUAAGAGCGAAAUUCCUUCAUAAAUUGAAUCAUCUAUUUGCAAAAAGUUCGAUCGAUUCUAGUGUGAAUUGGUUACAGUUGAAGAAAUAUAAAUCAUUCCAUGCUUAAUAAUUCAUUUCUAGUUUAUGUUGUGAAAUAUCAACUUUGUAGAAAUUAUAUGCUUAUCAUUUUAGUACAUAGAAUUCCAAAAUUCACUCAGACAGUAUUCACCUUUGAAACCAAGUUUUCUAACUGGAUCAAUGGAAAUCUGAUUGGCAGGCUUUCUCUGAGUGAUGAAAACUCCUCCUUAGCAUCAUGUGGAAGUGUUCAAUUUAACAUUGUACCUGGUUCAAACUACUUACCGGUAGCUAUCGAUGGAACAACUGGUACUUUGAAAGUAAUUGACAGUGUUUAUGGAACAAUCAAGAAUAAUCAUAACAUAACUUUUCAAGUGACAGUUAGGAAUGCAAAUACUUCCUUGAAUAUAUUUGAUGAUGCAACGGUUAACAUUCUAAUUGAUGGAAAGUAUUCAGAGGAAGAAACAGAAAGUGAGAUCACUGCAGUCAAGAGGUGUCUAUUAUGGAUAUAUACAAUAUUUGUUCGCCUACUACAAUGGGACAAACAUAGCAAAUAAUUAUUCUGUGAAGUUUAAUAAUCUCACAUACUUGAACAAUAAUUCCUCGCCUUCGGAGUUCACAAUGACAAGUCAGAUAUGUGUUUCAUCCUCUCCUGCCAAUGAUUCAAAUGAUUUCAGUAUUAUGAUGCGAUUCAAAGUCGGUCUUUUUUCUGAAGUGUCGAUCCCG